GUUGAAUUUCAUAGAAAGUUAUUACAUGCUAUGGGCGUUGAUGUUGCCGAAGUGAUCGAUUAUGGAAUUCGCCGUGACAAGGCAUAUAAUUCAACUAUCACUGGAGAGACAGCAGAAUUGAGACCAAUUUGGAACAAAGAUGGACAACCUCCAUCGGUUGAAUUAAAAACCAUUCUGGUGGUUAGAGAAUUAGCUGGUGACGACGUCAACAGAUGCUUGACACACUACGGUAUUGAUUCCUAUUCAAACCACAAGCUCGGAAAAUACC